CUUCUUCUGGCACCACCGUGUGCUGCUCCUCGCGUGGACGGGUACACCUGGAUUGCCCUGGUUUUGGACCGCGACCUGGUCCGAGUGAAGGUGCUGGACGUCCGGCACGAGUUGCUGGAGAGGCGGGCGCCGUUCCCCGGGCACCUGGCGAAUCAGGUCGACGCGGCGGAGACGAUGAUCCGGGUCGUCGCCGAGCCGCGCUCCCCCAAGUUCGGCGAGGUCGCCGAGGCGGGGAUCAUGGAGGACGACGCCCGCGGCACCAGCUUCGACACUAAGGGCGCGGCGGUGGUGGAUGGCGAAGAUUUAUUUGUGCAGGAGAUCGCGGCCAGCGCCCUGACGGACUUCAAGACGACGAUGAAGACUGACAUGGGCGAUGUCCGCACCCUCGGCGAGCACAUCGAUGAGGCCGGCCAGGGGAACCCGCGCUUCUCCGAGGCGGUCGCCCUGAUGCGCGACAUGGAGCAGGCGAGUGCCCUUUCGUUUGGCGUGAGAAGCGCGAAGGAGCCCCUGGACAGCGCGGCCUCUGGCCCGGGCAACAUGGUCUCCUACCAAGCAGAGCGGGAGCGGCUCAGCGGAGUCGGCGAGGGCUCAGCGGUCAAUCAUGUCCGUCGGAAUUUGUGCGAGGUGAUCUGGCCCAUGCACUCUUGGGACCAAGUCGACCACUCGAUGUUGUCCUCCGCCGAGUUCAUCGCCCGCUGGAUGGCACAGACGGAAACCGCAGUGGAGCGGAACCCGCGGCACCCCGACUACAGCGGCCUCGGCGUCGCGACAUCUGCGCCUGUGAAUGCUGCGGGCCGCGCGCCCACGUCCAAGUUUAACGCUGAGGUCACCGACGGGCUCAAGGAGAGGGCCGCCAUCUAG